AUGGUUCGACACCACAAGCGAAAUUUGAGGACAAAAUGCGAAGUGCUCUACAAAAUUUCAAGCCCAAGUCUGCUCAGAUUUCUGCCCUUCCUAAGGGUGCACCCUAUGGAUGCAGCUGCAGGUGGAGUGUGUUUGACAAUACCAUGGACAUCUUGUGCUUCUUCCGAAAGUUUGUGUAGAACUGGAUACUGCAGAACAGCUUCAGUCGAUAUUUUUGUAACAUCUUCUCACUCGAACAGAACUUCACAAUAA